GGCUGCGGGUUAUAGGAACAGCUGGAGACCAUCGGAGUUUUGGGAAACGGGAGCUGUCUGAUCCGGAACUUAAGUGUUAAUUUACUGGAUGGAGGCUUGGAUCUCUGUAUACCCACAAGCAACGUGGAAAUGCAGAGAUGACCCCUGUGUGAUGCUCAAGACCUGAACCAUGGGCUUAAGACCAAGUUGCGGUGCUCUGCACCUCUCCACGGCUGUUCUCUACGGCUCACUGUCAUUCUUUAUUUCCGUCCUGCACAAUGUUUUCCUGCUUUACUAUGUAGACACUUUUGUAUCCGUUUACAAAAUUGACAAACUGUCCUUCUGGAUUGGGGAGACAAUCUUUUUAAUCUGGAACAGUCUAAACGAUCCUCUGUUUGGAUGGAUUAGUGAUCGUAUCUUCCUCAACACAAAAAAGUCCAGUGUAGAUAUCUCCACACCAGAAGUGGUGCUAAAAAGACUAAAGGCUUUGAGCCAAAAUGGACCCUUGUUUGCUCUUUCCUUUUUGGCCUUUUGGGUUGCCUGGGCUCAUCCUGGUUUACAAUUCCUUAUCUGCCUGUGCCUGUACGACAGCUUCCUCACCAUGGUGGACCUCAAUCACAAUGCCUUGCUAGCAGACCUGGCUGUGUCUGCAAAAGAGAGGACUAGCCUAAACUUCCACUGCUCACUGUUCAGCGCUAUUGGAUCCCUCUCAGUGUUUGCAUCCUACACCGUAUGGAACAAAGAAGAUUUCUUCUCCUUUCGGAUAUUUUGUGUGCUCCUGGCAGCCAUCUCUGCUGUUGGAUUUUCAGUGUCAACAUGGCUGCUCCGACAAAGAUUCAGGGUUGGAACGAGGGCCAGCCUUGACCAGGAUUCCAUUUUGAAAGAACUAUAUGUUGAUGAACCAUCAGCUUCUCCAGAGAAGAGGAUCACUCUCAUGGAAUACCUUAAACAACUGUCUAAGCACCGGAAUUUUCUGUGGUUUGUCAGCAUGAACUUGGUACAGGUUUUUCACUGCCAUUUCAACAGUAAUUUCUUCCCCCUCUUCUUGGAGCACUUACUCUCUGAUAGGAUCUCACUGUCCACAGGUUCAUUCCUCCUUGGUAUUUCUUAUAUAGCCCCACAUCUUAACAACAUGUAUUUCCUAUCCUUGUGCCAAAAGUACGGUGUUUACAGUGUUGUUCGAUGGUUGUUUCUACUGAAGCUGUUCCUCAGCUUGGUGAUGCUUCUCGCCGGACCUGACCAGAUCUCACUGCUUUGUAUAUUUAUUGCCAGCAAUCGUGUUUUCACAGAGGGGACAUGCAAACUCCUGAACUUGGUUAUCACAGACUUGGUGGAUGAAGAUUUUGUGUUGAAUCACAGAAAGCAUGCAGCCUCUGCCCUUUUGUUUGGAAUGGUAGCUUUAGUAACUAAGCCCGGACAGACCUUCGCCCCUCUCAUUGGCACUUGGUUGCUUUGUGUUUACACAGGGUAUGACAUCUUCCAGAGAGACGCCAUGAAUAAUAUAAGCACUGAACCACAGGUGGAAUCCAGCACAGUGCUGACCGCAACGCUGCGCCAGGGAUGCUUUUAUCUUCUUGUCUUUGUUCCAAUCACAUGUGCUCUGCUCCAGCUUUUCACUUGGUCUCAUUUUACUCUGCGAGGGAAGCGGCUGCUCGCCGUCAAGUCUUACAGGCAGGCCUUGCCUCUCAACACACCGUCCCAAGAUGUCAAAGCUAUAUGAACAUUUUUGUACUGAAUAUACAACAGACCUUGAUGUAUUUUUGUAUAUUUUUUUACGGUUCUUUAAAAAAAAAAAAAGUAUUUAAGAGUAAUUGAAAAUUGCUAUCCCUGCCUGACAGAUAAACUCCAGCAUGUAUUUGUGUCAGAACAGACACAAACCACAUUGUAUCUUUCCUCUCACUGUAUCUCCUAUGGCACAAAGGCCAGGCUGUACGCAGAGCAAACAGUACAGACUGAGUUCUACUGGAAUCCUGUCCAUUUUGUCCACCUUAACCUAAUGGUCUUGUGAUCCCUUCUGAUUCUCUGGGCUAUUGGAACACUGCCAUGUCACUUCCGCUUCCUGUAGCAAUGCCUACAAAUGGUUCUCCAGCUCUUGUGCAUUACAUCUCUCACUGUCCUUAAGGCUAGUAGAAUACUGGCUAUGAAUGCUGGGAGCAUUGGCUCACAACAUAGGAAAGCAAUAGGCUUGAUUAUACUGUACAUUCCUCUUGUAUGAAAAAGGACACGGUACUAAAUAGUAUACAAUUAAAAAUAUAUUUUUAAUAAUGAAAUUUUGAUAUAUGAAAUGCGGACACAUGUAUUUAGGUGUCAAGGAACCUUUUCGUUUCCUACCCCUAUUAAGUAACAGUGUUUAGGACAGUUGACUACUACCCUCAGUAUACUGUACAAUGAUUGGUGUGUAGGACACCCCUCCCCAGUCAUGUGACAACCUUUUUCUACUCAGGUUUUAUACAGCAACACAGUUGCCUGAAACAAAAACAGUUUUAUAUAUUCUUUUUUCAUUAUCAUCAUAAUGUAUUAGCACAUACAGUGAACAUGACAUACUGAUUGGUGACAUACCGAUAGAGUGUAUGCUGGGCAUACACCAUAAGAUCUGUGAGGUUGUCAACCAAUUGGAUGUUUACCUAGUUAGGCCACCAAUGCUCAGGGCCAAAUCAGGAAAUCAUUUGGCCCCUGGGCCAACAAUCAGGCCUAGGAAGACCAGUUGGGAUAGGACCACAGCAGCGUGCCACUGUGGUCCCCAUCCAUUGGAAUUUUAAAUCAUGCCUGAUAAUGGUCCGGCUAUUGGUCAGGCAGGCCAUCAGAGGCCCUAUACACAGCCCAAUAUGCUGACCGUUUUAACUUGAGGGACCAACUUGGCAGCUUUUACUGGCUCCCAAGUGGCAACCUUAAAAGCACAGUAACACAAAAAAAUGUAAGUGUUUCAAUGUAAUUAAAAGAUAAUGUACUGUUACCCUGCAGUAAAGCUGCUGUGUUACCAUGGGGGGUAGCCAUUUAACCUAAAUGACACAGGUUAAAUAGCAGGUAACGGAUAAGCUCUGUAGAAUUCCAUUGUAUUAUACAGAGUAAAUCUGCUAUGUAACCUGUGACUUUUUUUUUUUUUUUUUUUUUUAGCUUUAAAUGGCUGCACCCAUGGAUACAAAGCAGCUUUGUUUAGCAAAAUAGUGGUCUUUCUGAAGCAGACUCCAGGCUUACCUGUGCAGGACAACAGUACAUUGUAUUUUAUUAACAUUAAAACACUUUCAUUUUUUGGUGUCACUGUUCCUUAACUGAAGUAUAGCACAAAAGGCUGCAUCUGAAAUGCAAAUUCAAAUGGAUAGUGUCUAGCAACCAAUUAGAUGUUUGCUUUGGAUCUGGUAACCCAUUAUUUAUAGAGUUCUUCUGAUCGGUUACUAGAGCUGGUGCGAAUGUUGCACCUUUUUAUUACUAUAAACAAACCCCAACCCCCCCCCCCAUACACGCAAAAUUUUAACAUGUAACUAUUAUAUAUAAAUGUACUUUAUUGUAAAUUGUAUUAUAGCUUUUAUAACCCUUUUUGCAGAAACUAAUUGUAUAUCUGAAACUGAGCGGGUAUCUCUGGUGCCCUUCCCUGAUGUUUAAUUUGGGGAAGAUUACAUGGUAUUUUUUUUUGUGUGUGUAAUUCCAGAUGCAUUCUUAUUUGAGGUUUUCAAUGAUUUCUUUCAUAGUCUGAUUUCUUACUGUUUUAUGUCCUUCUACUCCCACCUCCCAACUGGCGGCUGGUUGCUAGCAGGGUACCUGUGUAGCUGCCGGGACAGCAGGCAUGGCUGGGAUUCCUAUGUAUGUUGGCAUAUGAGAGUCACCUGUAACAUGAACAUGGUAUCUGCUUAACAACUGUGCAUUGUAUUUCCCAAAUAGUAUUCGCUUGGAAACAACAUUGUGCAUAGGGAAGUCCUUUCUAUUCCCUCAUUGUGCUGCUCAAUAGGGACUUGUUCCUGUGCUGACAGUGAGUGGCUCUUGUAACCAUUGCCACGGAGAUCCCUUCACGUUAUGGCAACUGAAAUCUGGAUGUUAUCUUUUUUUUUUUUUUUCAUCACAGUAAAUAUUUAUGGCUGCUUUUUGUUGAAUGUAAAGCAAUCACAUGACUGUGGGGUGGAGCUCUGUAACAGGACUAGUAAUGCACCAACUCAGAAAUAGGCUUUAUUCAACGCUGUUUGCAGGAUUCGGGUUUGACUGAAUCUGAACCUGUAAAUUGAUGUGAAUUUAAAACAUGGAAUACCCGAAAACGAUUAUUGUUUUUGUAUUAUGUAAAUGGACCAAAUUAUUUGCAGAGGGUUCAGUAUUUGGUGCACUCUAAAAAGGACGGGAAAGAAAGUUUUCAUUGGUGCCUUCAGAUGUUUCUAAAAUUGUAUCAUUCAGGGCUGUAUUAUUUCCACAUCAACUUGUCUUAAUUGUUAUUAAGCUCGAAGAGAGGACGGUGGGACACGUUAGUCCUAAAGCCCAUAGCAUUAUGGGAAAAAGUAAUGUACAUUUAGGAGGAUGGUGGGAUAUGUUAGUCUUAAAGCCCAUAGCAUUAUGGGAAAAAGUAAUGUACAUUUAGGAGGAUGGUGGGAUAUGUUAGUCUUAAAGCCCAUAGCAUUAUGGGAAAAAGUGAUGUACAUUGAGGGCUUUGGCAGUGCAUGUGAUCUGAUCUGGACUUGUUGCCUGGAAUCAGACCUGCGACUAGU